AUGUGGAAGAACAGCCUGAGGUCCCCUCAGCAGCUCUCCUGGUGUGGAACCACCACCUCAGGAGCUGGCGAGGUGAUUGGCACCCCAAGCAAGAAUAAUUUUGGGAGCAAAUGUGUGAUUUCUAUGCCUUCCAGGACCACGACCACUAUACAAGACCCUAAGAAUCCAAAACUUAGGAUGAUAUUUACUUUUGACCUGGCAUAUUGGUCUCACAUAUUUCAAAAGGAUAAAGAUGGUGUGUUUAUUUCAGCUGAUCCUAGCAGUAAUUUUGCUGGCCAGAGAGAUGUUUUCCCUGACCUUGGCAGGGGGAUUCUGGACACUGCUUGUCAAGGCUACAAUGAUACUCUCCUGGCCUAUGGACAAACUGGCCCUGGAAAAAGCCAUUCCAUGAUUGGGUUUGGUGCAAACAAGGGUAUCAUUCCAAAUGUGUGUGAAGAGCUCUUACAAGCCAUUGAGAACCAGGUAGGACAUCAAGAAUACCAGAUCACAGCUCUUCUCUACAGAAUCUACAAUAGCCUGCAGGCUUUGGGGGACCUCCUAACAAGGUCUAAUGUGUUAGCUCCUCAGAUCUGGGCUACCCUCUCUCUGCUACGAUUUCUCCAGGGUUGCCUGAGGACAGGGAGCCAUUGCCUGUGCUUAGCUUUCCUGAUCCAGCACCUUGGUACAGAAGGUCCCAACUACCAGAUAUUACCGAGAGUGCUUGAGACUGCUCUGGCUGACACAGCCAUGGGGAAGAAAGCCUUGCACAUUCCCUACAGAGAUUCUGUUCUGACCAAAUUGCUCCAGUCAGCUCUGGGUGGGAACAGCAGAACUACCCAGCUGGGAUUUCAGUCCCUGAGAAAACCUGCUGAGGGCAGCAUGGUGCGGAGAGCAGCAGCCAGGCUUCAGAGUUCCGGGCUGGUUCGUGUCCCGGCCCUGCCAGUUAUUACCCGGGUGACCUUGGCAGCCGUAAGUCCAGCUGACAUCCGCUAUGAGGAAACUUUAUCCACAUUAAGAUAUGCUGAAAGGGUGAAGAAGAUCCGGAACCAGGCUGUGGUGAACGCCUUGACACUGGCGAGCGAGUCAAGGGCAGAGCCCAGCAAGCUGCUGCUCAGGCGCAGAGACUCCAGAACGGCAGGUAAGCUGGGUCGGCAGUCAGUCAGCGCCGAGUCCAAGCCAGCAGCAGGAAGGCUGCGAGCAGAGGGCCGGGUCUCCUGCAGGCUCAGCGUGGGGAGACCUGGUCAGAAUCCGAGGGGAAUCCCGGGCCGGUACCUCCCUCCUCCGAGAGCAGCAGGCCUGUUGGAGGCAGAGCACUGGCCCAGGGCUCAUGCUCCUCAGCAGAGCUGGACGCAGCACCUGGAGCAGGCGUGGGAUGCAUGGCUGCGGCACUGUGCGGCCCUUGCCCAGAUGAGCUUCACUGCCUCCCCCUGUGGGCAAGGCAGCUCCAGCAGCCUCACACCUUACGCAGCCUGCUCUGCUCUCUGGGCAGCUGUCAGCCGGAUGGUUGGGGAGCGGCAGAUGUUGAAGACCUUCCUGCACCUUGUCAACGUCAAUGAGGACCCACAGCUCACUGGGGUCCUCAGGUACUUCAUUCCGGCCAGUUCAUGUGAUGUCAGUCAGGCUGCUUUGAACAUGGUCAGUCUUCAAGGUUUGGGAAUUUCAAGUAAACAUGCUUCCUUCACAAAUUUGGAUGGCAAAGUGGCAGUCACUCCGCACAACAAAUGCCAGGUUGUUAACGGGGUGCCCAUCACGACCAAGGCAAAGCUGCAGCGUUUGGUAAACUUUCCUGCCCAGCCACGGGAUUUCCCAGCUACUAUCCAAGAGCUGGGAGAGGGGGCUCUGAGAUAUUUGAUGAACAAUUGGAUAAUGACUGGAGGAAGGAUGAGCAUGCAAACUUCUCCAAGGCUGAAAAGUAUCCCAGAAAGAGUGACUGCCUGUCACUUGCAUCCCAAUUUUUCCCUAGGUGCUGUGAACAACAAGGAUGGGAAGGCUGACCCUGGUGUCCUGGCUGUGUUCCAGGACUACACCAAACUGAUGCCACUUGUUGCAGAAGCAAAUCAAAUGAGUGAAGAGCUGAAAAAGGAGCUAAAAAUGGAAUUGAAAGUGAAGAAUUUGACAUUGUCGGAUUCCAGGGGCUGUGACCUACGGAAGGAGGUCAUGGUGAAGGUGACCAACCAGAGGACUCAGCGGGUGUGGAUUUGGUCAAAAGCCAUGUUUAUCAAUAGGAAAUUCCUAACAGAGGAACUUUACCAGCGCUUCCUCAAUGAAGAAGACAGCCAAGAGAAGAUAGCUCAGGAAGACGGUCCAUUCUGGGACCCUGUCGAGGUCAUCCACCUGGGCUCAGCUCACCUCUGGCUCCAGUCACUAGCCUACAUGAAGUUGGAGGAGCAGGUGGAGUUUCCGGACUGGGAUCAGCUGGAGUCAGUGCUGCAUAUCCACAUGGCGCCCUGCUCCCCGACGGGGCUAUCGUGUGGUGAGGAGGAUGUGGUUACUGACCCUUUGGAGCUGCUGGGCAAGGGGAUGGAUUUCCAGAUGCACAUUGUGCAGUGCCUUGGCACCAAGUGGCUAAAGGAAGAUCCAGAGUGAGGCAUGCAGAUGGGGUACAGAAUGUAUGAUCUUCUAAAAACUUUAUAUACCAAGUGUGUAUGGAAAAUUCUGAAUCCCAUUGAAGAGACUGUCCAAUUUACAGCCUUACAUGCAUCUCAGGAGUUUCUGAAUUAUUUACAGACAAAUACUCUCAUUGUUGACUUAUGAGGUCUUCAAGGCUGUGCCAGACAGAGCUGCUCCCAGGCAGACUUCAUGUUCACAGGUGAAGGCCAUGUCAUGGUGGACACCAAGAACAUUUCCAGGAUACAGGUCAGGUAUUACUCAACCCAGAUACCAGAACUUUAUCUGAAGCAGCUCAAGUUAGAACAGGAGACGGAACUGCUCAGAAAUAUUAACAGGGAGAUUUUGGGAAGAUGGCAGUCAGCCAGACAGCUUAACCAAGUGCGCCCUCAGCAAGCCAGCUGGGAAGAGUUUGCCAGAGCUCUUAAGGUGCUCUACCAAAGUGUGAACAUGGCAAGAGAUCAGUUUCUCAGACUGAGGCAUUGUAAACCUCCUGAAGAUUAUCAAAUGCUUUGACAAUUUGUGCAUCAACAGUCACAAAUGUUAAAGGACUUUGGGGACCUACUUGAAUCCAGCUUGUGGAAACUGAAAAAUGUUGUGGCUCAGAUAGUGAAAAAGAAGAGAAUGUUUACUGCAUAUGAACAGCUAGGGUGUGUUGCUGACACACUUGAGCUUUGAGUGGCAAACAUCUGUGCAGUAAUGAGCUUAAUUAACAUGGAUACCAGAGCUGAAUUGUGGACUCAAUUUACUAGACCCACUUCCCACUAAAUCUAUUUCUUCUACCAUUGUAAAGCAAAACUUAUCUCCAAUUUGAUUUGAAAUCAUGUAAAAAUGGGUCUGUAUCCAGGCUGAAGGUGAGGUGGGAGAUAUCCGGCAGCUCUGAGCUCUGUGGGAAUGGGAAUAGUACUUAUGGCAGAUGGUUAACAAAUAUAAAGGAAUAUAAAGUGGUUAGAACACUGCCUGGCACAUAGAAGCAACUGAUAAGC